GUAAUGGCGUCAGUGACGCAGCACGAUCGAGGGCGGACUCGGGGAAGCUGUUUCCGUGUUUCCCUUCCUGGGCUGGGACAGUAGCAACACGAUAAAGGCUCCGGCUGUUCAACAAUACCUCAAAGUUUCGUACAGGCUUAUCGGACGUCCUAAUAAAAGUUGUGAUGUCGCAGUCUGGAGAAAAAGGGAAGUUCCCGGAUGCAGGAGGUUAUGUAGGGUUUGCAAACCUCCCAAACCAAGUGCACCGAAAGUCUGUGAAAAAGGGUUUUGAAUUCACCCUCAUGGUUGUAGGAGAGUCUGGUUUGGGUAAAUCAACACUUAUAAACAGCCUGUUUCUCACUGAUCUCUACCCUGAACGCUACAUCCCUGGAGCUGCAGAGAAAAUAGAGCGGACAGUGCAAAUUGAGGCGUCCACUGUUGAAAUCGAGGAGCGAGGGGUGAAACUUCGGCUCACUGUGGUCGACACUCCAGGAUACGGUGACGCCAUCAACAGCCAGGACUGUUUUAAGACCAUCAUCCAGUACAUUGACAAUCAGUUUGAGCGGUACCUGCAUGAUGAGAGCGGGCUGAACAGAAGGCACAUUGUGGACAACCGGGUGCACUGCUGCUUUUAUUUCAUUUCUCCGUUUGGACAUGGUCUGAAGCCCCUGGAUGUGGCGUUCAUGAAGGCCAUCCACAGCAAAGUCAACAUCGUUCCCGUCAUCGCAAAGGCCGAUACGCUGACCCUGAAGGAGAGGGAUCGUCUGAAGAGAAGGAUUCUGGACGAGAUCGCUGAGCAUGGGAUCAAGAUAUAUCAGCUGCCUGACGCCGACUCUGAUGAAGACGAGGAGUUUAAGGAGCAGACCAGAGUCCUGAAGGCGAGCGUCCCCUUUGCUGUGAUUGGCUCCAACCAGCUGAUUGAAGUGAAAGGGAAGAAGAUCCGAGGUCGUCUGUACCCAUGGGGAGUGGUGGAGGUGGAAAAUCCAGAGCACAAUGACUUCCUCAAACUACGCACCAUGCUUGUGACACACAUGCAAGACCUCCAGGAAGUAACUCAGGAUCUACAUUAUGAGAACUUCCGAUCUGAGAGGCUGAAGAAGGCGGGAAGAUCCACGGACGAGGAGGUGUUGGACAAAGACCAGAUUCUGCUGCAGAAGGAGCUGGAGCUGAGACGCAUGCAGGAGAUGAUUGCUCAGAUGCAGGCUCAGAUGAAGAUGAAAUCUGAUGAGUGACAGAGUUUGAGCUGAGAGGAAACAACGAUGCAUGUGGUCGUCAAACUCCAGCGUCUCAGAUGACGUCGUCUUCAUCUGCUCAUCACCACUUCUUCUCUCUUCAAACACCCAUUCAUCAGCUGUCUGAAACAUUGCUAUGUUGUUUUUCUAUAAUAAACAGGAAAUGGUUUGAUAUUGUUGUUAUUGACAUUUACCUGUUAGCUUAUAUUAGUGUCCAGUGAACCUGUUGAUAUUGGUACUAAUAGAUGUCAUCAUUGCGGUCUUGUUCACAAAAUAUUUAUGGUUCUUGUUAAAGUGCAGCUUUUAAGAAGCGCCGGUUUCUUUUUGCUUUCGAAUGCUAAUUGUUUUUAAAAUGUUUUUUUCUUCUUCUUAAAAAUAGAAAAAAAUGUUAUUCCUGUUUUCUGUCGGUCGCCUUCUACCUGCAGCUUCCCGGUGCCUGUUUGGUUUUAAUAAAAUCCCAUGUAAAGUGUUUGGGAUGAUUACAUUUUAUUCUGUAUUCUGCUGACAUGAAUUACUCACCAACAGUUAAAUGUAACGCCUCUGUGUUCUGUAGUAGACUUUAUGAUGAUGUCACAUGUUUGUAUUUAUCCUGAGCCUUAAUGGCAUCACCAAUCACAGAAAACUAGUCAGUCCUGGCAGUCUCUGAUGGCAUCCGUGCACUGUUUGUACACUACACGUGCAGUUUCCCAACAUUUCAAUAUCACAUAUUGUUUUUGUUUAACUGCGUUACGUAAAACGUCCCUCCGUGUUUCUGUGAGCAGCAGAUGAAUUUAAAUCACGUCUGUUCUUAAACUGCCAUCUUCAUAUGCAUGUCAGUGUUCUUUUCUAUUUUUCAGAAAUAAAAUUUGAGAACAAAGA